UACAAAAAUUAGCUAAUAUACUAGUAGUAGUACAAAACUGCGGUCGGGAUUGCAAUCAGAAAAGGGGAAUGGAAGCUGACAAAAGAAAGCAUUAGGUGGAGUAGUGGAGCAUCUUUCGGCGUUCAUACUCUGAAACGCAACAUAUCCUCAGUUUUCAGCAGCUCCGCUCCAGUGGGAGAGGGAUCGAUGGAGGCUGUUCUUGUGAGCGUCUCCACCGGAGUCAUGAAGCCGCUGCUCGCCAAGCUCUCCAAGCUGCUGGAGCAAGAGUACGGCAGGAUCAAAGGCGUGCACCACCAAAUCGCCUUCCUGAGGGACGAGCUGGGCGGCAUGAAGGCCGCGCUGGAGACGCUCGCGGACGCGGAGCAGCUCGACGCUCUCAAGGAGGAGUGGCGGGACAUGGUGCGCGAGCUUGCCUACGACGUCGAAGACUGCAUCGACGUCGGGGUAGACCAUGAGCACGAUGAAGAAGAAGAAGAACCCACAGCCACAGGCUUCAUCAAAGGGUUCUUCCGCAAAUUCAAGAAGCUCAAGGCUCGCCGGGAGCUUGCUGGCCAGAUCCAGCAGCUCAAAAGUCGUGCAACCGAAGCGAGUGAGCGGCACAAGAGGUAUAAUUUCGUCGAUCCGGCGCCCAAUUCUAGCACCUGUGCCAUUGACCCUCGGCUGCCGGCGCUCUACGAGGAUGUGGAUAAGCUUGUAGGCAUCCAUGGCCCAAGGGAGCACAUUAUUGAGUGGUUUAGCAGGAAGGAACAUGAUGAGAACCUCAAGGUGUUGGCCGUUGUGGGUUCUGGGGGCCUUGGUAAGACUACUCUCGCCAACCAAGUCUACCGUCAACUGAAACCGCAAUUCCAGUGCUCUGCUUUUGUGUCGGUGUCCCGAAAUCCACACAUCAAAAUGGUUUUCAGACAAAUACUUACUGAAUUAGGGGUCACUGAUUACUCGUUGGACGAUGAGCGGCACCUUGUUGACAGGAUAAGAGACUACCUCGGUGAUAAAAGGUAUUUUAUUGUCGUUGACGAUGUAUGGGAUGCGGAUACAUGGAAAGCUAUCAGCCUUGCUUUGUUCAAUAACAGAUGUGGUAGCAAAGUUAUCACGACAACACGUAAUGUUGCGGUUGCAUCACUCUGUUCGUCUGAUGGUGGUUAUGUUUAUCGAAUGGGGGCUCUUAGUUUCUCUGACUCCAGAAGGUUACUUUUUAAAAGAGCAUUUGGCUCCGAGGAAGUAUGCUAUCCUCACCUGGAAGAGGUUUCUCGUGAGAUAUUAGAAAAAUGUGGUGGACUGCCACUAGCAAUUGUUACUAUAUCCAGCUUGUUAGCUGGGCAACAUGCACAAGAUGAAUGGGGGAGGGUCCUAACUGCUAUUGGUUGUUCACUUGCCAAGGAUCCUGAUGCUGUUAAUAUGACCAAGAUACUGUCACUAAGUUACUUUGAUCUUCCUCACCAUCUCAGAGCUUGUUUGCUCUACUUGAGUGUGUUCCCAGAAGAUUCAAGGAUCAACAAGCAACGGCUGAUAAGUAGAUGGAUCGCCGAAGGAUUUGCUCAUCAAGAACAGGGACGAAGUGCAUAUGAAACAUGCGAGAGUUACUUUAAUGAUCUCAUCAACAGAAGCUUGAUCCAGCCGGUUGAUGUUGUGUAUGGCCAAGCAGAGGCAUGUCAAGUUCACGACAUCGUUCAUGAUUUCAUCACAUGCAAGGCCGCUGAAGAGAACUUUGUCACCUCAAUCAAUGAUGCUGAGUGUGGACACAUUUCGGGUUAUAGGGUCCGCAGGCUUUCUGUCAGUAAUCACAGCGAAGAGGCCAUCUUGUCGACAAGCCUUAUGCUCUCUCAUGUUCGAUCACUUACUAUAUUUAGGGGUUUCAUGCCAAAGUCUUUGUUGGCUUUUCCCACUCUGCGUGUGCUGGACCUAGGAGAAUGCUGGAGGUUGGAAGACCAUCAUAUCGCAAAUAUUGAAAAGCUAUUUCUUCUGAAGUACUUGCGUCUUGGGAUGUACUUGCACCUGGGACAAUCUAGAAUAACUGAGCUCCCAAGAAAAAUCGGGCAACUGCGGUAUUUGGAAACACUGGACAUACAAGGCACGAGGAUCAUAGAGCUGCCGUCAACCAUUACAAAUCUUCAACGAUUGGUCCGUCUCUAUGUGCAUCACCGCACUAGAUUUCCCGAUGGGAUAAUUGGGAAGUUGCAGAACUUAGAAGAGCUGCAUGAGUUUGGUGUAUCCUCCUACAAACAAGGAAAUUCUUUGCAAGAAUUUGGUCAGCUAACCAAGCUGAGGACGUUGAAAGUGGCAUGGAGUAUCAAUGUGGAAUGCUCAGCACAAGGAAGAAGCCAAGCUGAGGACCUUCAAAGUUAUGUGGGAACUUUGAUAGCCUCUCGCAACCUUCGUCAUCUAUACAUCCUUAGCGCCCAUGGCACUGCUCCGGCACCUUACCAUAUACUGUCACUGGAGUCGUGGUGCCCUACAACUCCUUGUAGCCUCCAGAAGCUCCACCUUACGUACGGGUACGUCGAUAAGGUUCCGAAUUGGAUGAGUUCGCUUGGGAAUCUCAGGGAAUUAAACAUCAAUAUCUUCAGCAUGAGACCGGAAGAUGUUGCAAUCAUUGGAGCAAUACCCACUUUGCUUGUUCUUCAACUAAGGACAUUUUACGGCACAGAUGGAAGCAUUGUCAUCUCUGGGUUCACAAGUUUGAAAUAUUUCUACCUGGAAAACAAGGUUUGUGGGACCUGGCUGGAGUUUGAAGCAGGAUCAAUGCCAAAGCUUGAACACCUGAAGCUGGAGUUCGCUGUGCAUAAGAUGGGCAGCCUGAAUGGCCCUUCUGAUUUUGGCAUCCAGCACCUCUCUGCCCUCACCAGAGUUGAGGUUAUUAUUCAUGGCGACUCUGACGGAAGCUACCGCGUGGCUGCAGAUAAGGCUGCAAGCCUUAUCGAAACAGCUGUUGGGACACUUCCCAGCCGUCCCACUCUUUCAUUACUACAUGAAUGUGACCCAUUUCUGCACAUCUUAGAAAACACUGCAGGGUUGGACGACACCGACGAAGAGGAAGAGGAAGAGGGGGAGGAGGAGGAAGAGGAAGAAGGAAUUGUUGUGCUGUUUUAGUAGCUUAAAUAUUUAUUUUAGAACUCUAAAGUCCGCUCUGUUUUGGUCCCUGUAUUAUUUGCAGAGCAUUCAUAUUCUGCUUAUAAACCAAAAGCCUGCUUAAGGGGUAGGUCUUGGCUCCUUGCUGUCCUGUUUACAGUGCAGGCAGUUCUUGUUUCAGCUACCAAUGCCACAAUGCACUAAAAAAGAAUUUGAUGCGCCCA